GCCAGUGAAGCCGUGGCGCGGCGACCCGAGCAGGGGUGCCGCCAGCCGCCUAGGGACGUCCGAGGCCAGAGCAGGCAGGGAGGAGAAGCCAAAUCGGGGGGAGGCGAAGGAAGCGGCGGGAAGCCCUCUCCCUUUUUCCUUCCUUCCCUCCCUCCCUCCUUGCUGCCGCUUGCGGGUGGGUUGCGUCUGGAGAGCGGGAAGUGAGCUCAGGCGCAGAGGAAAUCCCGCCCGCGCCCGGCCUCCGUGCGCUGUGUGUCUCCGGCUCCUGCUCCGGGUUGGCGGCGAGCGAGCGAGCGAGCGGACCAGCUCGGGGAAAGGGGUUCCUUGGCGCUUCACCGGGGCGGCGGCGGCGAAGCGAGGGCGAAGAGGGCCCCCUCCCUCCCUCAGCUGAGCCUGCGAGCAGGGCGCCAUGUCGGACCAGGAAGCCAAACCUUCAACAGAGGACUUGGGAGACAAGAAAGAAGGAGAGUACAUUAAACUCAAAGUAAUUGGGCAGGACAGCAGUGAAAUCCACUUCAAGGUGAAAAUGACAACGCAUCUAAAAAAACUUAAAGAAUCAUACUGUCAGAGACAGGGAGUUCCAAUGAAUUCACUCAGGUUUCUCUUUGAGGGUCAGAGAAUUACUGAUAAUCAUACUCCAAAAGAGCUUGGGAUGGAAGAGGAAGAUGUGAUCGAAGUUUAUCAGGAACAGACAGGAGGCCAUUCAACAAUUUAGAUUGUUUGCUUUCCCGACUUUUCCCUUUUAUCCUUUUUUAUUUUUAAAUGAUAGUUCUUUUGUAAUGUGGUAUAUAACACUGAAAUGAAAUCAGCACCCCACUCCCAUAACCGGGGUAUUAUUUCCAAAUGUCCAUUUUGAAUCCUUGUGCUCAUUAUAUUCUAUCAUUUGUUUUCAUUGUGCUGAAUUCUUGUGAUCCCGCCACAGUUGUACUUCCUUGUUAUUCCUGUAUCCUCCUUAGAAAUACACCCAUCCACACAUGCAUUUGUGUGCUGACAAGGCUCAUGUGUUUAAGCAUGUUAACAGAUCUGCCAGAUGGGCAAAAGUUCCUAAUAAUUUCCAUAUUGGCUCCAGAGUUUUGAUGUGUGACAAUGUCUUGUAGAUUUUAAGAUACAAAGGAGAUGAAGCUUUUCUGAAAUCUUAAGCAACGGAAGCAUCGUGCCUGCAAAUUAAGAACUGUUUUCUUUAGCUUUUGCCGAUGUCCUUUGACAGAAAAUUAUCCAAAUGAUGAUGGGAAAAAUUGGAGUCUUUUUCCAAUAAUAAGAUUUUUGAAGUAGCCACCAUGAAAGUAACAUGGAAAAUCCUACUGAUUUUUGAUGGCAGAAGAGCCUAGGAGAAGCUUGAUUUUCAGUAGCUGAUAAUGCCUUUUGCACCAAGCAUAGGUAAUGGUUUUUCCAUUGUUGUACUUUUUGACCUGGGAUGUGUUCUGGGAAUGGACAUAGACUGUACUGGGUUUCUUUAAAUAAAAGGAAACAAAUUUAUAAACCUCUGCAUUUUCUUUUGAGAUAUCUGAAGAUGGGAGACUGGCAGAAGCAGUGAAGAAUUUUUAAGGAACAUUGUUUUACACAUUCUUCAAAUGCUUGAGAAUAUCAUAAUAUAAAACAUGGUUUUGCUCAAUGUUUUACUCAUUGUCAACUAUCCCUCUCUUGCUUGCUAGCCCUUAAAUAUUAAAUAGCAGGGUGUUUCAACUUCAAGCAGCUAACAUCUACAUGAAGUGUGUGCCUCCAGAAAAAAUCAUGUUUGUACAAUUCUGAAAAUUAUCAGGUUGCAAGAAUUUGAA